UCGUUCCUUCUUUUUACUGUUUCAGCGCGUGGCAGUUGUGGCCCCGGUUCCGUGCAGUUGUUAAUUGCAAUUUUGCCAGAAAUUUGAACUCAUAUUUUAAAACACCAACGCCAAGAUGAGAAUCUACAAGGAUAUCAUUACCGGUGAUGAGAUGUUCACCGACACCUACAAAAUAAAACUGGUUGAUGAGGUUAUCUACGAAGUCUAUGGAAAAUUAAUCAGCCGUACAGAGGGAGAUAUUCAGCUUGCAGGCGCCAAUCCCUCGGCCGAGGAAGCAGAUGAAGGCACAGAAGUAAAUGUCGAGCGAGGAGUCGAUAUUGUUCUGAAUCAUCGUCUGGCAGAAUCUUUUGCCUUCGGAGAUAAAAAGUCGUACACUGUCUACCUGAAAGAAUACAUGAAGAAAGUUCUGGCAAAACUGCAGGAAACCGCCCCCGACCAGGUUGAAAUUUUCAAAACCAACAUGAACAAAGCUAUGAAAGACAUUCUGGGCCGUUUUAAGGAGCUCCAGUUCUUCACGGGAGAAUCCAUGGAUGUCGACGGCAUGGUAGCCAUGUGUGAAUACCGAGACAUCGAUGGCCAAAGCGUUCCAGUUUUCAUGUUCUUCAAGCAUGGACUUGAGGAGGAGAAGGUCUAAGCUGCACGCUCCGUUCUGUAUGUUUCGAUUCAGUGGCUUGCACUGCAGAAGAGCGAGCAACGCCCAAUGCAAGGCAAAAGCAACAGCCACCACUGAACGAACAAACAUAAACUAACAAAAACACAAAGGCAGACAGCGGACACAUACUCACGCAUACAUACCCAUUUCAAACGGAUUUCUUUAGUUACGGUUUUUUUUAUUUUUGGCAGCAGUUCGAUAAAAUUUAUGUUUAUGUAUGAAAAAUUGAAAACAAAUUGGAGAGUUAAUUCCGUUUUAUUAUUUAGAAUCAAUGAAUGUAAAUGUUGUUUUAUGGAAUGAGCAAAAUUUGUAGUURUAACUGAAGGAGAGCCUCGAAGA